CAAUAAUCAAACCUCAAACCUGUCCGUCUUUUUUCUGUACUGUAGUAUAAAUAAAAAAUCAAGUAUAAUAAAAGAAUAUAAACAAAGUAUAAUACAAAUUUUAAGUUAAUUAUUUAUUUAAUGGUACUUAAUCAAAUGGAAUAUUGUAUAAGAAAUCCGUGUACAGUGUUGUAAGUUGCUCAGGCUUACAGGAGGUAGCUAGGCUAAUAUAUUUUUGUUUCAAAAUACUGUACUAAAUUGCAGCCUAGGCCUAGUAUGAUCAAUUCGAUUCGCCUAUCAAUCUUGGGUUUGUUUGGAAGAGACACUUUUCAAUUUCAACUUAGCCUAGAAGAACUCACAACUCAGGGGAGUCGAGGACUCGAGGUGUCGGUGUCAGAUUUAACUAGGCCUAUUAUUACAAAUGAUAGCGUUGUCCACAUGCAAGUUGAAUCCACAUUAUUGUACUAAAAUAGAUUACUAGGUACCGUAUAGGCCUAGGUUGUGUCCCUGUCCCUAUCAAUGGUACUUUAAGUUAAUAAAAGUGUUAUUUAGUCUGAUUGAUAGGUACCUAACACUAAACUUGUGAUUUGUAACUGCACCUAUUAGACUGUUAUACAUUUUAGAGGAUUCCAAAGUGGCCUAUAUUUAAGUCUUUCUUCUAAAUUGUAUUAAGUUAUGGCUUUCAAUGUAAAGUCUGAUAUGUUUAAUAAAAAAUCCCCUAGCCCCAACAAAUCAAUAAUAAUUUCUGCUAGUGAUACAGAAAGUGGAUCUAAAUGUCCGAUUUGUUCCAAGACAUUUCCUUUUUCUCAAAUAGAAGGCCAUGUUAAUAGAUGCCUAUUCCUCAACUCUGUAAACGAUGGCACUUCAUACAAAGAACCUCAGACAGACAAAAGGAAAACAAAUGAGGAGGAAUCAGUUCAGUCUAAAAAGUUCUGUAAAAAUAAGGAGUUAAGCAACGAUCCUUUCACUUCAGUGUCAGCAAAAGAAAAAGGAAAGGAGUUGAGUUCCAAAAUGCCAACAAUUACACUUGAGGGAACUGCUCCUCUCGCAGAACAGAUGAGGCCGUCUUCUUUUGAAGAUUAUAUUGGUCAGGGACAUGUUUUGGGAUCAACAAGCUUACUUCGUACUCUUUUAAAUCAAAAUGAAAUACCAAGUAUGAUACUAUGGGGCCCUCCAGGAUGCGGAAAGACAUCACUGGCUCAUAUAAUCAGCAAGCAGUGCCAAUCUAUAUCCAAGACACAGUAUAGAUUUGUAAAACUCUCUGCAACGAUGGCUGGUGUCAAUGAUGUAAAAGAAGCUGUUAAGAUUGCAAAGAAUGAGCUUACUAACUUCAAGAGACAAACGAUUCUUUUUAUGGAUGAGAUUCAUCGGUUUAACAAACUGCAGCAGGACAUUUUCUUGCCUCACAUUGAGAAUGGCUGCAUCGUCCUGAUAGGAGCCACAACAGAAAAUCCGUCCUUCAGCCUCAACUCUGCUUUGCUGAGCCGCUGUCGAGUGUUUGUGCUGGAGAAGCUUGCCUCGGAUGACAUCAUCAAUAUCCUUACUUCUGCUGCCCAGAGGAUGAACAUCUGCAUCUCCUCAGAGGCUAAAGACUGCAACAACUCCCAAUUGUGUAUUGAUCUCGAGUCACUUGAGUGGCUGGCUGGCAUGUGUGAUGGAGAUGCGAGAAUAGCUCUCAACAGUCUUCAGAUGGCUGUCAAAACUGGCACUCAGACCAACGAGCCAACAAGAAUCACCCUAGAAAACAUUCAGGAAGGCAUCAAGAGAUCUCACUUGUUGUAUGACAAAAAAGGAGAGGAACACUACAACAUAAUUUCAGCAUUACAUAAAUCGAUUCGAGCCUCAGAUGAGAAUGCAUCCCUUUAUUGGCUUGCUCGUAUGUUGGAAGGAGGGGAAGACCCCAUCUUCAUAGCUCGGAGACUCGUAGUUUGUGCUAGUGAGGAUAUUGGUAUGGAGGAUCCUCAUGCUCUCACCAUGGCCAUGUCUGCCAUGCAGGCCUGUCAGCUGAUAGGCUUGCCUGAAUGUGGACUUUUCUUGGCCCACAUAUCAACAUAUCUUGCCAGAGCUCCUAAGUCUCGUGUGGUUUAUGAUGCGUUUAAUGCAGCAAAACAGUGUGUAAGGAAUCACAAGGGAGCCUUGCCCUCAGUGCCUCUCCAUCUUCGCAAUGCUCCCACCAAGCUCAUGAAACAACUAGGAUAUGGUACUGGAUACAACAUGAGGGACAAGAGUUCUUCAAACCUUACUUACAUGCCUGAGGGAAUGGAGAACAUUACAUUUUUCUAAUUGCUGAGGCGACCAGCUUGUCAGUGACAAUGUGACACGUGGCAUGCUGUGUCUCACUGACCUCCGCCUCUGUACUGUGUGUUGCGUGGCACUCAGCUAGGCCUAGUAGCAGCACAAUCACCGCACAUUGCCACACUCGCAUGCUGUCUCUCCUAGCCAGACCCAAACUACACACUUGGCAUCCGCU